GAAAAUUUCGAUUUUAUUUAGUUAUGUUUGUGAAUCUUUAAAGUUUUUUCUCUUUUAACCUCAUAAAGUAAGCUCCAUACAUCAAUUCUACUAUCAGUAAUAAAUAAAACAUUAUUUGAUCUCCUUUUAUUGAAAUAUCGGAUUUUAUGUAAAGUUGUCAUUCAGAAAUAAAAGGUUCAGGUGACGAUGAAGACUAAAUAUUUUUCCGAUACUAUCGAUAUCAAACGAUGUCGCGGACUUGGAAGACAAAAUUGCCUUCGUGAAACGGAAAGCGCUGAUUUGUCGCCAAUCUUCCUAUCUCGGAAGAAUGGUCCUAGGACGUUCCUACGUAUCGCUCAUCUCGUCAUGCAACAGGCCCCUGAAAUCUGAAUGCUGGUUUGAGUCACCACUCCAAGUCUCCAUUCACUGCUGUUUAUUUCGUCAGCGGCGGUGACUUCUUUCCUCUCCUAUUCACUUUGUACACAACGAGCGCACACACCAACACACGAGAAGAGAGGUGACUUAAUUACUUCUGGAUAAGGCCAUUUUACCUAGAUUUCGUCUAAUUUGAGCAGAUGAGAUGAGAUUCCAAUGUUUUGAUCGACGACUCUGAUUCUAUUCGUGUAUGAUGGGGUGUCUAAACUUCGCGGACUUUUCAAAAAUAUUCAUCAGGCUUAAAUUUGUUGACAAAAUAGUCACAAUUUAUACAAAACCAAUUCAAUGAAUAGUUACCACAUUUACGGCAAGAUCCUGAUCUUGACAUUUCAAGUAUAUAAACUUGAAUAUGUAUUGAUAAUGGACAUGAUAAUUAAAUAAUAAUAAAGCAGUUCUUGUAUAGCGCAUAUCGAUCACAUUAUGUCAUAACGUCCCUAUGCGCUUCCAAAGGACUUGGAUAGUAUUACCCUGGCUUUAGCCCCGCAGCCUUUUACAGCGCGGUGGCAUUUCAAGGAAUAAAUUCCUGCCAGGUACCCAUUCAUCUCACCUGGGUUGAGUGCAGCACAAUGUGGAUGAAUUUCUUGCUGAAGGAAAUUACGCCAUGGCUGGGAUUCGAACCCACGACCCUCUGUUUCAAAGUCAGAAGACUAAUCCACUGGGCCACAACGCUCCAUUAAAGUUAUCAAAAGUUUUAAUUUCAGGUUACUGGGUCAAGGUCAAAGGUUAUUUCAGAUCAGUUAACUGGGAUAAGAAUUGAUAUUUUCUUCACUGUAUUACAGUGUACUUAAACACAUAUAAAAUGAAACUUAGAUUGUUAUUUGAUAUCAUAAAUAACAUGAAGCGAAUACAAGUUUUUAAGUCAAUCAGGUCAAUGGUCGUUUGAGGUCAAUAAACUUAGUAUUUUAUCAUCAAAUGAAUGGAUUUUCGCCCAUUUCAAAUUUACCACUACUGCUAUGAAUGUGUCAAUUUCUUAUCUUUUCAAUCGGGAUUCAUUCUGAACUGUGUAUGAUAAAGCAGCUCAGUUCAAAAUGUCUCUUGGACAGGCUGGCCAGCAACAACCACAGAGGGCGCUCACCCAAAGUAAAGACACCCAACUCAAGUCGUACAAGCGAAGACUUAAAGAUGAUGUAUCGUCCAUACUCGACAACUUUACAGAGAUCCUAAAACUCGCCAAGGUGGAGGAUGAAACACAGGUUGCAAGACAAUCUCAGGGAGAGCAGGACCAGACUGAAAUGCAAGUCAGAGCAGCUAACAUUGUUCGAGCAGGGGAGUCUCUCAUAUCGUUGGUUGCGGACAUCAAGCAGUUCCUCAUCUUGAAUGACUUUCCCCUGGCCAAUGAGAACAUUGAGAAGAGGGCUCGUUUCUUGAGCAACGUCCAGAACAACGUCGACUCAAAGAUAAUGCAACUCCGGGAUGAACUAUCCAAUGACCUGUAUGAGAUAGAGGAAGAAUUCUACUCUUCGAAGUAUAAAUGAUAAGAUUUUCACCAUCUUAUACAAAAAAACUAGUCUUCACAGAUCAUGUGAGUAUAUAUGAAUGGACUGUUCAUGAGCUACCUGUCAUGAUCUGAUUAAGCAUCAACAAAGACUUCUUGAAGAACUAUGCAGUGGUUCAUCAUCUGUGUGGGGUCAUCAAGGUAUGAAUGAUGGUGUCAUACAUAACUGGUCUCCAGAGAUGUUUUGCAGGAUGCUUUCAAGAUUAUGGAAUGGACUGUUGACUAUCUACCUGUUCUGACCAUUCAGUGUCUAAAACAAUGACUCAGGAAUAUUGCUGCUUUACCAAGAACUAUCCAAUAAUCUUUACGAGAAAAGAUAUUGUGAAUAUUGAAGUAAUCUGAUCAAGACCCAGGGUCUGGGACAUCAAGACCUAGGCUAAGAGGAAAAACUUUAAACUCAGCUCCUCAUGCAACGCCAUGCAGAAGAAUUUUCCAUUGGCUUUGAUAGGCCCUAUAGUAUCAUGAAUGAAGAAAAAUGACAUCUAUUUUCUUUUCUUGUUUACCCUUUUAAAGGGAAAGUUCACCCUGAAGAAAAGUUUGUUCUCAAUAUAGCAGAAAAAAAUAAUAAAAAUAUUGGUGAAGGUUUGAGGAAAAUCCAUUAAAGAUUAAGAAAGUUAUUAGAAUUUAAAGUUUUGAAUUUGGGACAUCAUAAACAAGCAGCUGCUUCAUAUGUUAUAUGAUAUAAGUGCAUGAAUUUCAAUUUUGUAAUGGUUCAUGAUGACUUAUUUAUUUAUAUAGCAAGUGUAAAUUUAGCUCCCUGUAAACGAAGAAUGCAUUCAUAAGACGUACUUUGUUUAUUGAUGAAAUGCAUAUUGAGUGGAUAAAACAUGAUUGAAAACCACAAAAUCGAACCCCCUUCAUUAAUUUGGAUCGAUAUUUAUCCCUAUAUGAUCCACCAAAAUGUGUUGUAUUUGAUUCUUGUGGCUUUUUGUGAUCAAUGUCAGACCAUCUGGGCCCUGUCUUAAAAAGUUCCGAUUGAUCAAAUCGAUCUUAACUAAGGAAAGCCAGCAGCAUCAUCAUCUGAAAUGCAUGUUCAGUCAAACUUCAAAGUAUUUUCUAAAUACACUGUUAUUUUCUAAAUACACUGUAUGAUGUAUACUCAUGCAUGCAUCGUCGUUUGGUUUGCUGUAGUGCAUUUAGUGUGUUCGGCAUUUUCAAAGGGAAGUUGUGUAUCUUUCCUAUGAGAAGAAUUAUGACAUUGAUGGAUUUCCAUCAAAUCUAACACAAUCUUAAAAGAGAGGGCCCUGUUUGGUUAAAAUUUGAUUACAUUUCAUGUAUAGGUAACUCUGCCUAAGUCGACCUUCCAUUUUUAUAUGUGGUUAUUCGCCUAUUUAUGAGACCUGGGGCCCGUUGCAGAAAGAAUUGCAAUCAAACGCAACUCUAAAAAUCAUGUGCAACUUGAUUUUCAACCAAUCAACAGCGUGCAUUUGGAACUUGUGAUGGAUUUUUUGACUUGCGUUUAAACGCAACUCUUUCUGCAACGGACCCCAGAGGGGUGUUUCCCAAAGAUUUAAUUAUGACUAAGAGUUGCACUUAAUUGUCUAAUGGCCGUAUAAAAUGCAUGACCUCAUUGGUCAGAUCAUGCGAAAAGGAUGUGCACUACUGUCAUACUUAAAUCUUUGUGAAACCCCCCCCCCCCCCAGAUUAUUAAAAACAUGGAAUUAUUUGAUACACCUCUUUAGUCGAAUUUUUCCAAAUACCUAGUUCCUAUCGUCACGAUUCACGCCUCGAUGGAAACGAUGGUCUUAAUCGUGGGUUAAUCGUAAUGAUCAUACAUGUAUCAGAUCAGUCGAGGCAAUCACAUUGCAAAUUUUUUUUGGAAUGAUUAAAAAAUAUACGCUUUUCUGUAAUACAUAAGUAAAAUUGUGGCAUUCUUAACGGAUCACAUGACAGUGGGAACAGGGUAUACAUGUAAGUCUAACCGAUUUCUGCAGUCCCAAAAUAUUUGACCUGUAUUGGAAUGAUCAUACUUUGGCAUUUUAAUGUUCUGCCCCCUUUCUCUGUUAUUUGCUUUCUCUAUUCUCUUUUUCUGUCUCUUGUAUGAACAUGUAGGCCUGAAUUCACAAAGGUGGUUUUGAAAACUCACGGUUGAGUCCAUGGUUUAUGCAGGUUUCCUGUAUAAAAUACACUUACUUUACCGCGUAUAUUAAAAAAUGUCCAUGCUAUUUUAUUCACGAGUCCACUCUUCAAACAGUGGACUCAUGAACAAAAUAGCGUAUCUAACCAUGGUAACAGGCAUCAAUUUGGCGCACUGUGACAAAAGCGCGCAUCAGCGUUGGGCAUUUUUUCAUACAUGCGCCCGAUAAGCGCUAAAUUAAGCGUAAAUUAUACAGGAAAUCUGCAUAAACCAUGGACUCAACCGUGGGUUUUCAAAACCACCUUUGUGAAUUCGGGCCAAUAUGUUUCACUGGUUCUCCAUAUUGUAUUGACAAACUGGGUAAAAAGGAGGAAAAAUAUUAAACAGAAAUACAUGUAAAAUUUAAUUUUAGGAUUUUGUGAUUUAUUGAUCGCUCUUGAUACAAGACACAAUAUUCCAUGUCUUAAAUAUGGCAGAAUAAAACAUGGAACAAAUA